GAGUGCGCAUGACCAACUUUCAUACGGCUUCCAUGUGUUCACCUACACGAUCUAUGCUUCUUUCGGGCACUGAUAACCACAUUGCCGGCCUCGGACAGAUGGAGUUUUGGGGUCGUGGACGAGACCCACCGGUUCCAUGGUCUGAACGACCUGGAUAUGAGGGCUACCUGAAUUUCCGUGUGGCUGCUCUACCAGAGAUUCUCCAGGACGCGGGAUAUUAUACUUGUAUGAGUGGCAAGUGGCAUUUGGGUCUCACAAAGGAGCGCACGCCACAUGCUCGAGGCUUUGAUCGCUCAUUUGCUCUUUUGCCGGGAGGCUCGAGCCAUUACGCAUACGAACCCAAGAAACCGGACGGAACGCCCGUUUUUGCGCAUUGGGCCAGUCUGUACUAUGAAGAUGAUCAAAGAGUUGAAACGAAAGACUUUCCCAAAGACUUUUAUUCCUCAGACCACUUUUCAAAAAAGCUUGUCGACUUUUUGAGUGAGAGAGAGACUAAUGCUUCCGUCAAGGAGAAGCCAUUUUUCGCAUUUCUGCCAUUUACGGCCCCGCAUUGGCCUCUGCAGGCACCGGAGGCAAACAUUCAAAAGUAUAAGGGGAAAUAUGACGAUGGUCCAGAUGUUCUGCGGGACAGAAGACUAAAACGACAAAUUGAACUCGGUCUCUUGCCUGCGGAUGUGGAGGCGCAUCCGGUCAUCUCCUCAAUUAAAGAGUGGGAUGAGAUGUCAGCGGAAGAGAAAGCGUGGUCAGCGAAAACGAUGGAAGUAUUCGCUGGUAUGGUCGAUAGAAUGGAUGAGAAUAUCGGCAAAGUUAUCAACAAAAUUAAGGAAAUCGGUGAGUGGGACAACACUUUUGUCAUCUUCAUGUCCGACAAUGGUGCCGAAGGAGCGAUUGUCGAGGCAAUUCCCAUGACCGGAGAUGUGAUCAAAAAGUCAAUUAAUAAACAUUACAACAACGACUAUGAGAACCUUGGCAAUCGAGAUUCGUUCAUUUGGUAUGGUCCUCAGUGGGCGCAAGCCUCAACAGCGCCUAGUAGGAUGCACAAGGGAUAUGUCACAGAAGGUGGCAUCCGUUGUCCCGCUAUUAUCCAUUACCCGGGGUUUGCUGAAACUCCAAACGGGCAUAUUACUGAUUCGUUCACUACUGUUAUGGACAUCCUGCCGACGAUAUUGGACCUUGCGGGGAUUGAGCCACCAGGCUCGAGCUUUCGAGGGCGUCAGGUUGUUCCGGUAAAAGGCAAAUCCUGGAUCCCACACCUGCUGAGGGAAUCUCCCCGCGUUCAUGAUGAAGAUCACGUAACCGGCUGGGAACUAUUCUUCCAUCAAGCUAUCCGCAAGGGUAAAUGGAAGGCCGUAUUCAUUCCAAAGCCAAAAGGUCCAGAGAAAUGGCAAUUGUAUAACAUGGACAAAGAUAUGGGCGAAAUUCACGAUUUAGCAGAGGAAGAGCCGGAAAUUUUAGAUGAACUGAUCAAAUAUUGGAUGGCAUAUGUGGCUGAGUUUGGCGUCUUUUUGAGAGAGGAGCUGGAAGAGGGUUAUGUCCUCCCAAAGGCCUAAGAAGCAGCUAAAAAGAUAGAAACGGGCAUGGUGAACUUAGUAUGAUAUCCCGACUUUAUCUAUAUAGGUACACCUAAUUGGUCUUUUGGCAAGCUGAGUUAUAGCCUACCACAUUGGUGCAAGAAUAGGUGCCAUUCGCCCCGGUUGACGACUUGACGUCGAUAUCCUUGAAGGAAAAGCCUUCACAUGUUGCAAGUGGGGAACAGGUCCAGCUGAUCGCCUUCGUCCCUACUUUUUCGUUCAUAUAUCCCGUGAAGUUGGACCAGGAAAUAUUCGAAAAGAAUCCCGUGGGAGGUGUGUCAGCGCAUGCUGGCACAUUAUAUCCUGCCCAGUGAGUACACUGCUGGAUUAGAACGGGCGAAGCGGUAAUGUUUUCGAUGUGGAAGUUCUUGAAGACUAGUGAAUAUAUCAG